GAAGGAAGCCGGGAAUGAGAUGACACCAGAGUGCUGCUGUCGGGCUUCCUUGUACCGGUGUAUCUAGCGUGUGCGUGCGAGACUCUUCCCCUCAUGCAUUCAUGGGCAUGAGAUCGUAAUGUGAGUCUUGUGACCGCGGAUGCGUCUAUGACCUGGUGUGAUCUGGAACGAUUGUGCUGAUUCUUCGAUUCCCCCCUCCAUGACUCGGGGAAAGGAGAUGUGCUGGGCCCUCUGGGGGUUCUGGAUCACGUCAUCCGUUCUUCCCUAUGCCGGUGGGACAUCAUGCCGAUUCCCGGAGCGCUGGCAAGGGAAAUGGUUCCAAUCCGGACUCCGUGAGCCGAUGGUGAUCGAAGAAGAUCGGAUCUCCUUGAAAGGCAACUGUAUUCAACAGAGCCAUAAGGACAAGUUUCUCCUUCACGACAAGAGAGAAAAUUGCUACCGCUGCAUCGUGGUCCACGAGAAGCAUAAGAACGUGCUGCAAUACAAAGAAAGUUAUUGCAGCGGGCCAUCUAAGAUGGAGACAUUGUGCAAUCGGAUCACCGGAGACACGAUGUUGUUCUCCAUCUUCCGCAUCAACCCGACCCCUAUCGCCUGUCCCGUCCAAGGUCACUUCCAGUUCACUUACAGCCGAGGUCACGGGUGGUGUGUCGACCCCGUGAGUCAGGUGAAGGCCUGCACUACCGAUGCACGACUUCUCUUCCGCUUCCACGCCUGCCCCGAUGUCCCCGGCACCGAAAGCUCAGUGGAAGAUGUGGAAUGUAUAGCCCAAUGGAAAGAAGGUGCAACGAGAUACCUCGUGGGAGUGGUGACCCAUUCCCGGGCGACUAGUUACGAGGACUCGUACCGUUGCUUCGUCUACGAGGAAAGCCUGGAGCCAUCAGAAGAGAUUGAUUUCCGAAUCGCUCAAUCCGGGGAUGCCACCUGCAACGGGCUUUUCUCUGCCUACGAGGGUUCCCGAACUCUCAGGCUUAUUCGAGAGAAACCGCCCGGUGCUGGCUGUCGAUAUCCAACGUGGUUGACCGGAGGAGAAUGGCGGAGUCUGGACGGGAAGACGUCCUACGGAUUCUCCAGCCCGGGUCGCAAUGACACCCUAGAAGUCUUACAGGCCGACGGUCCUAUUCGGACCGAACUCUGCCAUCGAGUAUUACAACAGGAGGAGUUUCGCUUUCACUUAGUCUCUUACGUCACCGACGGAUGUGAUUCUGGGUACGCGUGCGUCCACUAUUCUCGUCGACAUGACGAAGUCCUGCAAAGGCAAAUAAGUGGCCUGAGUCAAACGCCUGAAGAGGCCUGUGAACAAAGUUCCUUCUUCCUAAGGGACUCCGCAUCUGUGAUACUCACCCCUUCCCACCCUUCUAUCCGUCCGUGUCCGUGGCAAGGUCACUACAGCGUAUUAGGUGAGGACCCGCCACCGUUGGACGACCCCUGUCCCCAGGCACCCUCUCGCCUCUCAUCGGGUUGCACUGUGGAACACAAAUUCCAGAUCAUGCAUCCCUGCCGCAAUCCUUCUAAGUAUGCGUGCCAUGGAUCUUGGAGAGAGGGUAGCCGAAACCAUGUGGUGGCGACGCCCUUAGAACCGGGACCGAACCAUCGUGUAUGUGUCGUGAGCGAAGAAAUGAGGAGGUCUUACAGUGACCUCCAUUUCAACCAAGGCAAAGGUCAACAAGGGUUGGAGUCACCUCAGCCCACAAGCCGCUUCCUACUUCUUCAGGGCUCCUGCUCCUCCCACUCCCAGGCCGAGAUCAUGGCUUUCAAUGCUACAUACGUCGCGGACUGUUCGGCGAUAAGUAUGGGGCAGAGAGGAGUGAAGCCACUGGGAAUGGGAUCCCUGGUCCUAAUCAUCUUUCUCAUCUUGGCUGCAUUCGUCCAUUGAUGAGCCCUGCACUUCGACGUUUCCAGCUGUCGCUCCAUGGUGCUAUCGUGCUCGUGUGUGAUGUGUAUGUGUCUGUGUGUCUUGUUUCUCUCCUCUUGGAAUGCAUCCGAACGAGUAUGCCCAGUUCUUUUCCUCGACCUACAUGUUCUGUGUAUAUGGACUAUCCAUACAUGGUAUGGUAUCUACAUACGUUGUACAAAAGUAUCCGUUACUUGAUGUACAGGGGGAAUAUGGUUCCACCGGUGGUUAGGCCUAUAUUGAUGAGUUGCCAAAAAGUCCUAAAGCUUGUUUCAAAUCGGUGAAUUUAGCAUUCAACGUGUGAGCUGUGAUCUUGUGGGUCUGGAAGGAGGAAAAAGGGGGAGAAACCUAUAAAUUCACGAGGGACCGCAGAACUGCAUAGCAAUAUCGACUGAGAAGAACCUCCCUGAUAUUUUCGAACAGGGCUUUAAGAAACGCGGAAGACAGACAGAACUUGAUCUUUUGAGACAAGAAAGUAUUUUUGUAUGAUGCCUCAUUCAGGUCCAUCAUCGUUGUGAUAAGUGUGCAGCGUGUUAGCAAUUUGAGCACUCUGUGUCGCAUAUUUGUUAGGUAAAUUAGUGGCGGGGAAGGUAUGCAGUAUAUGAUGAUGAUAAAAUGGUAUAAUAAAAUCGAAAUCAAGACG